AUUAUUAUAGGAAGCGGGGCUCUAUGCCAGAGUUGAGGCCGGGGAAACAGUUUCUAUACAGAUUAAUUGUCAGCCAGCUGCAGAAGGACGGGUUCGUUAACGUAGCUACCUCCCUGAGCAUAGCAACGAUCGGCCAGACCAAGAUUAUACCAUCAGAUAGACUACACAACUUGAUAUCACUGUGCGCACAAGUGGUGCGGGACACUGACGCGGAGGUCGUUGUUGACGAGAAGGAAAACUCCCACUCGGCGGAGCUUAACGGGGAAGGAGAGAGAGUGCCAGAGAACAGCCUCGAACUCAGGAAGGAAAUUUCCAGAACAUUAGAUAAUAAUAACCGACCGCAAGAAAAUAACCAGAAUCUUACCGGUGAAAUGGGCGCCCAACAAAGUGCUUUUCAUCCAGCACUAUCACAGAUAAUACAGAAUCAGGGAGGAGCGGUAAAGGAAGACGAACUGGAAAAUAAGAAUCUACUAAAUAAAGGAGGAGAAGACAUGUCAGCAGCAGCCCUUAAAUCCCUCCACCACCUUCAAAUGCUGAAGGUGUUCUCUAACAUGACGGAGGCUACACGACAAGCCUACUUACAGAGCCAGGCUUUACAGAAGAAGCCUUAUUACAUGAGUCCUCCUCCUGCUGGUGGAUUUUCAAAGGAGCAGGGCAGUUUCAACAAAGAGCCCAUCAGACCCUACCCACUCUCAACUCCUGAUAUUAAGACUCCUCGGUGCCGUUCAACUCUACUGCCCUUCACCGGUGCCUCUCAAGACCAAGGCCACAACUUUUCCUACAACGGGGAUCAGGAGGUAAAGAUAGAAAACUCGCACAAUAUAAACGCGAUGGAGGAUAUAAUAAAGCUAACAGAGGACCGGUCCGGAUUACCAGCUACCACCACCACCUCCAUAACCUCCGGGAGUGGAACUAACAACCUCCCUAUCAGCUUCCUACAGACCGACUCUGCUAUCCAGGAAUUGAUUGUGCAAAGACAGCUAAAACAGAGGCGUUUCAAGGAUCUUGACUGCUCUUUUGUCAACAAACUGAUCCAGCAGCCCAACCUGGUCAACAACCUCGUGAACAGUGUUCCAGACCAUAACAAGCCCAAGAUAGACUUCAAUUCGGUCCUGUCUCGUCUCUCUUCCUCUAACUCAGAGUCGGAAGUAAAGAUGGGGACCUCCCCUCCUCCCUCCAACAUUCCUCCACCACUUCCUCAACUGCCCUCUCCCAAACUGGCAACAUAGUGGAAGAGCUGCUGAACAACUCUGCAGCCGCAGUUGGGACGAGCGCAUCCUCCUCUGGGGACCAAGCGCGGUAUGAGUGUCCACGGUGCGCACGCGUCUUCGCGUACGAGUACGUACUGCAGACACACAUGCGACAAGUGUGUCCUGACAGAAGCAACUACAAGCACCCCUGUACCGUCUGCAAGAAGCGAUUCCAGAAUCAGAGCUCCUUGAAACGACACAUGAUCGUGCAUACGGGGGAGAGGAAGUACGAGUGUGAGGUUUGCCACAAGAGGUUUGGUAGAAGCCACCACCUCAAACGACACGUUAAAAUCCACGAGAUGGAGGCAGCUAACUACACCCAGCAUCAUGGUGCUGGAGGUGGGGUUGAUGGCCAGCAACCUGGCACUAUCCCUGAAGAGACGCUACAGCUGAUACUCCAACUUGGUGCUAUGAAUAAGUUUCCGUUGUCCCCUGCCUCGCUGAUAGACAGUGCAAUAGCUGAAGACAUGAUGAGCAACUGUGACAGUAUAGAAGACGGAGAUUCUCAGGGAGACAUUGACAUGGAAGACCCUAUUUCAGACACUGGUGAGGUGUCAGUAGAUAACAGUGCAGACGAGGAGAGAGUUAAACAGAACAACAUCCCACUGACUAUUCUACCUCAACCCUCUCUACCUCCACAAACCUCCACUAUUUUACCACCUGUACAAAGUACCACCUUAAUCCCCACCAUCAACUCCCCACAGCAGUUACCUAUCUUUACCACCAGCAACGCUCUGUCCAUCCAGAACAUUCUGAAUUCAACAAACACUUCACUUUUCUUUAACUCUGAAGUAAAGAAGCCUGUAGUUACCCUAAUCCCAACAUCCCCCACCACUCAACUGAGCCAAGAGGUUGACGUUAUCACCCCAUCGUGUGACAUCAUUACAUCAUCACCACGUGAUGUUACUUCUCCAAUGGGCCUUCCUAAGAUAUGCCUAUCGCCAGAGACUGCUCAACCCACCCUGUGAAGUUUAUCGAGCUGAAGACAUCAAGAAAAUACAAUAUUAUUUUCGAAGAAGCUACAAGAAUAUUGAAGAACACAACUCAGAAACGGAUCGCCACGACAGAGCAGAUCUCCAAAGUUGGAGCUAUUAGAAGUGCGGUCGGAAAUGAAGAUGAGUAAUGUCAAUGAUAACACCGUCGCGGAAUGUCCGCUUCAAAUUUUUGUCUAUUUUCUCAUAGACUUUUAUGAACUUUGCUAUUUGCUGUAUUAUCUUAAUGUAUGGCAAUAAGUUUAUUAGGUACUCUGAAAUCUUAAGAAAUGUUAUGCGAUUAUUUAAAAGAAUGUUUUGAUACGGUAAACUAAACUCUAAAGAUUAAAAUUUAAGUGAUGAGUAUUCCUAAAAUCUUAUUUGUUAAGGAAAAUAUAUUGUACAGUUCGUGUAUCUAAAGUGUUUUAACUUUCUUUAUAACUUCAAAACCUUAUAUUUAGUUUGCUUAAUAUAUUUAGAAAGAUUCGAGGAAAACUUAAAGCCGUUAGAGUUAUAUAAUUGGAAUUUGAAGUAAUCUAUAAAUUUGCUCUUGUUUUGUAUUAUUUGUGCUAUAAUAUAUUUGUAGAAUGAUGUACAAAAACAAAUCACAACAUUUAAGUUGCCUUUAGCAAGUGUUAUACCGUUAAAUAAGCUGUUAAAACGGGUGUAUCGACAUGCCCCUACUAGAAGUGCACUUAUAAGUGCACUCGUCAUGAAACGGUAAUUGCACCUUGAAUGCUGUGAUUUCUAAAUCCGUAUAAUAAUUUCUGCAAUUUCUGUUUGUUGCUAACAUUUUCAUGAUUUAGGAAAUUCCUAUGAAGCCCUGAUUGAAGCAGAUCAGUUCACGAAAAAAAAUCCGAUUUUCAAAUUACUCUGCCGAACUAUUUUUACCUCACGAGACCGUUAGCACUUAGUAAAGUUUUGUCCUGAAAGCGAGGUUUCAAAAGUUCGGUUUUAUCUGUAUUUUGUGAACUGAUCUGGUGUUCCAUGUUGUAACGGUAGACGUGGUUGUACUUUAUAAAAUCCUACGAUUUUAUCGUGCCCCUAUCUUCCGCGUGCAGGAAGAUGAAAAUUAGAAAAAGAUAAAUGUCCGAGUUUUGUUGUAUAGACUGUAUUUUGUGGUUUUCUC